AUCACUUCUGUCAUUUCCCACAAAAACCUCUUCUUUUUAUUUACUUAUCAUUCUCCUUUUAUACUCAGCCAAAAAUCAGUAAUAGUAGUAGCUCUUUUGAAGCUGCAGUUUUCUUGAGAGAAGAACAGAGGGGUUACUGAGGGAAAAUUCGAGUCUUUUUCAUUUUCUUUCAUUUAAUACAAAACCCCAUAUGUGUUUUAUGAUCAAAGCGAUAUUCUGAUCUGUUCCUUUUGUUUUGUGAAGAAAAAAGUUUGAAUCUUUAAGAAAAAAAUGAUAUCACUUUCAGACCUUUACCAUGUUCUCACUGCUGUAGUUCCACUGUAUGUAGCAAUGAUCUUAGCUUAUGGUUCAGUAAAAUGGUGGAAAAUCUUCACCCCAGAUCAAUGUUCAGGGAUCAAUAGAUUUGUUGCUCUUUUUGCUGUUCCAUUGCUAUCUUUUCACUUCAUUGCUUCCAACAAUCCUUAUGCAAUGAACUACAGGUUCAUAGCUGCUGACACUCUUCAAAAAAUCAUAGUUCUUUUUGUUCUAGCCAUUUGGUCAAGAAUGAGUUCAAGAGGUUCCCUUGAAUGGUCCAUUACUUUAUUCUCUCUUUCCACUUUACCAAACACUUUAGUUAUGGGAAUUCCUUUGUUAAAGGGUAUGUAUGGUGAAGCCUCAGGAAGUUUAAUGGUCCAAAUAGUUGUGCUUCAAUGUAUCAUUUGGUAUACUUUGAUGCUUUUCUUGUUUGAAUAUAGAGGUGCAAGAAUGCUUAUUGCAGAACAGUUUCCUGAUACUGCUGGGGAUAUUAUUUCUUUUAAAGUGGAUUCUGAUAUUAUUUCAUUAGAUGGGAAAGAACCAUUAGAAACUCAAGCUGAAGUUGGUGAAGAUGGGAAGAUUCAUGUUACUGUUAGAAAAUCAACUAGUUCAAGGUCUGAAAUUUUUUCAAGAAAGUCACAUGGUGGUCUUAAUUCUGGUCUUUCAUUAACACCUAGACCAUCAAACUUAACAAAUGCUGAGAUUUAUUCAUUACAAUCUUCAAGAAAUCCAACUCCUAGAGGUUCAAGCUUUAACCAUACUGAUUUCUACUCAAUGGUGAAUGGUAAAAAUGCAAAUAUGAGUCCUAGGACAUCAAACUUUGGCAACUUUGGAUUCGAUGAAGAGAGUGGAACUGCUGGAUUUGGGAGAGGAAAUGGGGUUUAUGGACAGGGGAAUGCAGGGUACCCUGCCCCUACUAAUGCCGGAAUUUUUUCUCCGGCCACCGGUCCGGCGACAAAGAAGAAAGCUAAUGGUGCAGAAGGUGGAAAAGAUCUUCACAUGUUUGUUUGGAGUUCAAGUGCUUCACCUGUAUCUGAAGGAGGGAUUCAUGUCUUUAGGGGAGGUGACUAUGGCAAUGAGCUUGGAGUUGGAGCCCACCCAAAGGAUUAUGAUGAAUUUGGCCGAGAAGAGUUCACGUUCGGGAACAAGCAGAACCUCAAUGGAAAUGAAGGGCCGGUGCUAUCGAAGAUUGGCUCCACAACCGAGCUCCGUCCAAAGAUUGCUCAAGAAGAGAUCAAAGCUACUGCACUGCCACCUGCUAGUGUUAUGACCAGGCUCAUUUUGAUUAUGGUGUGGCGAAAACUUAUUAGGAACCCGAACACUUACUCCAGCAUCAUCGGCCUCACUUGGUCAUUAGUUUCAUUCAAGUGGAAUGUUCAAAUGCCUGCGAUUAUAGCCAAAUCAAUAUCGAUUCUUUCUGAUGCUGGCCUUGGAAUGGCAAUGUUUAGUCUUGGUUUGUUCAUGGCAUUGUCACCUAGAAUCAUUGCCUGUGGGAAUACAGUUGCUGCUUUUUCAAUGGGUGUGAGAUUCCUCACUGGUCCUGCAGUCAUGGCUGCUGCCUCCAUUGCUGUUGGUCUCCGAGGCGUGCUUUUGCAUAUUGCUAUUGUUCAGGCAGCUCUACCUCAGGGAAUUGUGCCAUUUGUCUUUGCCAAGGAAUAUGGUGUCCAUCCUGCUAUAUUGAGCACAGGGGUUAUAUUUGGGAUGUUGGUAGCUCUUCCUAUCACUUUGGUCUACUACAUUUUGUUGGGGCUUUGAAGAUCAAGCAUUAAUCUGCUCAAGUUUUUGUAAAGGAAAAGUUAAAGACCCUUUUGCCAUAGGGUUUUUUGGCUUUUAACAGGAUAUGAAUUCUGAUCAGAAAGUGAAAAAGAAAGAGGGAGAGACAAGAAUGAAAGCAAAAGUGGAAUUGUGAAUGGUUCAUUGUUGGGUACCACAGCCAAUAGAGGAAUUGUAGUGGGAAUUCUUUUGUUGUCUCUUUGUCCUCUCUUCCACUUUUGAACUUUGUGCUAUUCUACUAGGCCUACAUGUCUUUUGUUCUUUUCCAUCAAGAAAGUUAAACUUCAUUUUCUGCCUUCUAACUUUUGAAGGUUUCAAAAAGAUACUACUAACCUAAACAUUUCUGUGGGAAAUGGGAUGCUUUUUCUUA